GUAACGUGUCAACGUGAACUGGAUGACGUGGGUUUUUAUAGCUGCUUCUCGAUCGCAGCAGGUCUGAUGAGGAUUUUCCACAUUCGCGGUGUUUUUAUAGCUUCACUAUUUCACGCCGUUCAGUGACAGUUUAGGGAAACUGACCCGGUGUCACUGAACGAAUAAAAACGAAACUUUAUGUAUUAAUCUGUCGGGCUCUCCAUAGUUUAAGGGUUUAAAUGCACAACAGUGGAACAGAUAUGGCGAACAGCAGCUGAAGGGACCUGGUUUGAUCGAGGGUUUCCUCUGUGGUUUACUUCUCCUUCCUUCAAUACUCGUUUGGUUUUAACAUCAGGACUGAUUUCAGUUGAUUUACAGACUGUGUUUACGGACCCCAAAGCUCCCUGAGUUUAGUGUUUGUCAAUUGGUGAGCGUUAGCUAUAAAUAUUAGCUAAAUAAGUGAGCUGUGAACAGUUAGGGAUCAUGGAUUUCGACAACGUGCUGUCCAUCGCCUCCCAAAACCAAGGUCUCAGCAACGUACCGAAGCGGUAUAGCUUGAAAACCGGUCCACCGAAGAAAGAUGUCAAAGUCAAAGGAGUUAAUUCGGCUGCGGUGCAGGCCUUCUUGAAAAAACAGGCCGUGGACCAAAAGAAAAAAGAACUACAGAGUAAGAAAGCAAAAGAGGAAUUGUUGGCCAAAAGAGUGGAGCUGAAAUCAGACAGGAAGGCAAGAGCAAUGGCUUCGCGUACCAAGGACAAUUUCAGAGGUUACAAUGGCAUCCCUGUCAUAGAUCAGCCCAAAAGCAGGAGGUCGAAGGGGGAUAGAUCGGAAGAGCAGGAAAGUUUGAACCCAUAUGAUGAAGAUGAUGAUGGUGAUAAUUACUACUGUGAAGGAACAGAUUCUGAAUCUGAAGAACAAAGCAUGCCUGUCAAGCCUCAAUCUCGGGCUGAGUCCUCCAAAUUUGACCGCAAACCAAAAAAACCCAGUGCUCCAGGAAGGCCCCCACCAGCAUCACUGAACUUUGCAGACCUAUUGAAACUUGCGGAAAAGAAGCAGUUUGAACCUGUUGAAAUUAAAGUAGUGAAGAAGACUGAAGAGAGGCUUAGAACAGCAGAGGAGAUUCGGGAACUUGAAAUGGAGCGCAGAGUUAAGAAUCAGGAUAGAGGGAAGGACGCCAGACCAGACAAGAAUUCAAGACACAAAUCCAGCUCAAAUUCACAAAAGAAAAAUGUAGACCGAGAUGGCAAAAAUGAGAAAUUGCCCAAGCCAUCAGGGGAAAAGUACCAGUCAAGUAGUACCAGCAAAAAGCCAAAGCUUCAAGCAUUCAGUGAAAGAACUCCAAGUUCUGCCAAGCUGCAUGGAGACAGAAAUUCAGGCUCCUCAAGUGCCUUAAAUGGUAAAGCUGCCAUGAAGAAUGGUGCGUCGUUUCAAUCGAAACAAGCACCAACCAGACCCUCAUUAGGCCAAAGACCCACAACCUCAAGUGACCUUAUCCCACAGAAGGGGAGUAUCUCAGUACCUCAAGGGAAAUCAUGUAUUUCAGGAAGUCGUGCAGGAGUUGCUCCUGGUGCAGCUAGACCAGGUCAAGAACCACCCAAAAACUCUGGGCAAGGUAGACCUAGUAACUCUGAAAGGGGUGGGCAACCUCAGAAACAAGCAAAACCAGGACAUUUAACAUGGCCUGGGAGCAACAGACUUGUACGACCUUCUUCUGGUGAUCCCUCAAAGCAACCAAGAUCAGGUGGUAGUUUGCAAGCUCAGCAGGUUCCUGGAAGCUCCAGGGGCUCCAUAAAUGGACCAAGCAGGAUGGGAGGUAGUGUUUCUGGGAGACCGUUAAAUGGCAUGGGCUCUGGCCCUGGAAGACCUCAGUGCACUGUUGUUUCAGAGACUAUUUCAUCAAAAAACUUUGCACCGAAACCUGGGAUGGUUCCAAGACCUCUGGGCCCUCAAGGCCCCAAGACAGUGGUUGGACCCUCAGGCCACAGGAUCCUGGUUAGACCUCCUGGUAAGGGUUGCGGACCAGCAUUGCCCCCCAUAACAUCCAAUUAUAAACGGAAAUAUGAGGAUGAGGAAGAUUUUGACUCUGAGAUGGACGACUUCAUCGACGAUGAAGGAGAAGACCAAGAUGAAAUUUCAAAACAUAUCAGGGAAAUCUUUGGCUAUGAUAAGUCCAAAUAUAAAGAUGAAAGCGACUAUGCGUUGAAAUUUAUGGAGAGCAGCUGGAAGGACCAGCAGAAAGAGGAAGCGAGGAGCCUGCAAAUGGCAGUGUAUGAGGACCAGGAAGAGGAAAAAAGAGAACUUGAGGAGAUGAGGCGGAAGAAUGCUAAGAAGAGAAAAUGAUCGUGAUGAUUGAGUUUCCGAUAGACUCAAAUGAAAUGCUUCUCUCCCUUUAUGCAGAGGACCGGCAGAAAUUAUGUUCCUUAAUGACACCUGUUUUUGUUUCUGUUUUUGCCUCAGUUUACGCCUGGGCAUCAAGGAGGAUGAAGAGGACAUGCGUAUGGAGGAGGAGGAGAUGAAAAAAAAACUAGUGAUGAAAGCAAAGCCGAAAAAUUUUUAGUUUACUAUGCUUGACUUUGAUCUUGUGUUAUUUGGUUUGGAGGAACCAAGUGGAAUGGAAAUGCAUUCCUUGUGCCGCUGAUGUUGUUACACUAUUUAUUUGAUUGCUCAAGCCAUGGGAGCAGGUUUGCACUAUCAAGGGCCCAUCUCAUAAUCACAAUAGCAUUUUUUUGUAUGUCUAGGAACCAUGAAAGUAUUUUGAUGUGGAAGCCUUACAUCUCAAGCACCAACUUCCAGAUUGGUCCCGAUCUAGGGAGAGUUAUUUUAUUAUUUGUACUAUUUAUUUGGUUAAAAAAGACAGAAGACUGCUAUCUUUGCAGUGUAUUUUUUGUUAAAGGGAUUUAACAGA